AUGGUGGGACCAGUGAGACCUCAGUUUGUAUUGUUUGGUUCUUCCAUUGUUCAAUUCAGCUAUUCCCACCUUGGUUGGGGAUCUAUUCUUUCUGACUUGUAUGCUCGUAAGGCGGAUAUAGUUCUGCGAGGAUACUCUGGUUGGAAUUCAAGGCGUGCUGUGAAAGUUCUGGAUGAAAUUUUUCCAAAGAAUGCCACUGAGCAACCAUCGUUGAUUAUUGUGUACUUUGGCGGUAAUGAUUCUCUUCUUCCACAUCCAAGUGGCCUUGGUCAACAUGUACCUCUCCAAGAAUACAUUGAAAAUAUGAGAAAGAUCGGUACCCAUCUGAAGAGCCUUUCAAACAUGACUCGCAUUAUAUUUCUCAGUGCUCCUUCUGUCAAUGAGGCUCAAAUAUAUGGAGACAGUGAGCUAGUGGGACAGCGCUUAAGGACAAACGAAUCUUGUCGAAUAUAUUCAGAAGCAUGUUUGGAGCUAUGCCGUGAAAUGAAUAUCAAAGCCAUUGAUCUGUGGUCUGCACUCCAGAAAAGGGAUGACUGGAGAGAUGUCUGCUUCACGGAUGGAAUUCAUCUUACUGCUGAGGGGAGCAAAAUAGUGGCAAAAGAGAUAUUGAAGGUCAUCAAAGAAGCCGACUGGGAACCUAGUCUGCAGAGCAGCUCUAUGCCAACUGAAUAUGGAGAAGAUUCACCUUAUGAUCCAAUUGGCCCAGAUGGAAACACCACUAUAAAUAUUUCCAACAGGACCUUCUAUGGAACCGUGCAAUGGAAGUAG